AUGCCCGCGAACCACGCUGCGCAUCGUGUCGUUCUCGGUCUCGUACCUGCCGCUGGCUUUGCGGUAAUCGCGACGCGGGCAAACCUAGCUGCGCCACUUUUCUAUCAAGCUCGCUGUCUCUCCCUCUCCCCUCCCGACGUCAUACCUAUCACGAAACGCCGCACAUCUGCUUUCGCAAAACAAGUAUUGCCGCAGAGAUCGCCCCAAUCCGCGACCAUGUCCAUGAAUGAGAAUGUCGGUCAGCUAUUAGACGUGAUCUGCUACCAGCUGGACAAGGAAGAAGCUACAAAGCUCCUGGCCAUCAGCGGCAAGAAUCUGCAAGCAGCCGUUCAGAAAUUCUACGACACAGAUAUAGAAAGUCUCAGAAGUCUACUGCGUGACUCCCCGGCCACAUGGGACGAGUCGGCGUUUGGUGCGGGGAGGUACGGAGACAAUGAUGCCACUCUUCCCACAUUCAUCGCAGCUUUCAAUAUUGACUAUGCACCAGGUUUCGAGAAUUACCCCCACAGCACCGGCCAUAGCAGGGCCCCCACACGUCCUCCUUCGCGAACGAGCCAACACUCCGCCCUCUCUACACACGCUGGGGAUGCGCCAAUGCAGAGUAUCGAAGGUCCCCAGGAAUCGGGCGUCGUGGGUAACGCGAAUACAGUCUUUGGGCCUGCUACCCAGUCACACUACGAAGCAUCACAAUGGGCUAUCGUUCCAACGGCCACAGAGGUCAUAGCAGACCCUACACCGAGCCAACGGCAGCGCGAAGAAGGCCAGCCUGCGAUUUUGAAACCCUCGCCCAAUUUCAACCACCUUCAGUGUCUCAUCCCAAUCCUACAUUCGAUACCGCAGUUCCGAAAUGCACUCCUUAGCCCGGGUGUGGUGGCUACAGAUUACUGGGUUGGCGAAGAUUGGUGGAGAGGAGUUGCGUCGCCAUCCGCGCGCAUCAUUGAUGGGUCAAAGGGCCUUGCUGAGAUGCAUGGUUUGGAUAUUCUCUACGAGGCGCAGCGCUUGAUGGCCUUCCUGGACAAUACUGACAGGAUAUACGGAUCAGUCGAUGCGCUCUUGAGCAUGGAUGCUUGGAAGGAAUCAAGGCCAGCAGGCCUCGAGGACGAAGAUGAUGAUCUGCUCAAGUUUUUAUUGCUCUGGGGAUUCGCCUUCCAGACGCAAGUUCCGGAUGCAGAACUCAACGGCUCUUUGCGUUCGGUCGUCAAUGUUGCAGGUCAGCAUGUGGAGAACUUCGUUCUCGAUGGCGCUGUUACGCGGCAUUCGUCAAGGCCAGAUGUGAGCGUCUAUGACGUGCUGGAUGAUACCCUCUUCUCAGGCAAUAACGGAAGCGCGCACUUGGUCGAGCCCAGCAAUGUUCUCAUCCUUCGACUGACGUCUUCGACGACCAAUGCGUCUGACAUAGGCUGCCGUGUUCCAGCGACCGUGUAUAUUGAUCGAUAUCUGGAGAAGAAUAAGCAUAUCAUAGAAAGCAUGUACUCUGACAUGCAGCAGCAUGAGGAACAGCUGGGGCACAUCAACAACCAAGUGGAGAGACUAAAGUAUCACACACCCGCAAGGCCCGGAGCAAGACGUGUGGAAUCGUUGAAGCUGCUGGAGACUAGCAUCAAGGCGUAUCAGCCGCGUACCAAUGGCUCAGAUUCUGAAUCUCGGGAUGCUGAAGUUCUGGCUCAGUUGCAACACCUAUAUCAGAGCAUCGAGAGCAAGCUUGCCAUCCUCGAGGAGCAAGCACAACAAAUCCAAAAGACCCGAGACAGCAUAUGCGCUCGCUUCAAACCCAUUAUCGACGACGGCGCGGACAUUGUCAUGGACGCCACAGCCACCGACUUCCCAGAAGGCCAGUCCCCACAGGAUGCCAUGCAUCGUCCUUACAAACUCUGGGGCGUUGCAACCCGGCGCGACGUCGUGUACCUGCUUCACCCGGACAUCACGUCCGACGUUCCAGACGCACAACAGUGGUGGCGCAUGCAAUACGAUACCGAAUCCGUCAGCCCAGUCAUCAUGCGCGAUCGCCUCAGCUUGCAAGACGUACUUGAGCGUGCCACGACGGAAUCCGCAACUGUGCUCCUCGUAUAUGCCAAUGAAGCCGCCACAACAUCGGAACCCGCACCCCUCUCCAAACCCCUACUGGAAUUCGUCAAAAAGGAUAAUUUGAAUUUCCUCGAGGAGUUGCAAAAGACUUCAAAGGGCUGGGAGACGUAUGGUGAAGACUACUCAGCCACAGCAGGGGAUUGGGACAAGGAUGCACUUCCUCCAGACUACGGCAGUCAAGAGUACAAAGACGACGAUUGGAACAAUAUGAGCGCGAGGGAAUUUCACUCUCACGGGCACGGCCAUGGUGUAGGUGUGGGGGUGGAUGAUAACAUGAGUUCUGCAACGCUGACGCCGAAUACCGAAGUCGAGGAGGCGGAUGGCAAGCCCGAAAUGGACACGGGCGUGGUGAUGAGAGAGAUGGUCGAGGUUGGGGCCGAAGGCGAUAGGGAGUUUAAGCGCAGGAGGGAGAGUAGCGAGACUAUUGGGGAGGAGCGGGGCGAGCGCGCGAGGGAGACGAGGGGGGAUGUGGAGAUGCGGGAUGGAGAGGUUGAGCAGAGGAAGGGCGGAUGA